ACGAAGAAGGGGAGAGGGAGAAGCAGAUUGGUGAAAGGGAUUUGGCGAUGGCUUCUCGGGAAAGCGACGACCGUUCGGCGAAGGUGAAGCUUCCAGCGAUUAAGUUCACCAAGCUCUUCAUCGACGGCCAGUUCGUCGACGCGGUGUCAGGAAGAGUUUUUGAUACAAUUGACCCGCGAACAGAGGAGGUGAUAGCUCAAAUUGCAGAAGGAGACAAGGCAGAUGUUGACCUAGCGGUCAAAGCAGCUCGGGCCGCCUUUGACCAUGGCCCAUGGCCCCAGAUGUCUGGCUCGGAAAGGGGAAGGCUGCUCAUGAAAUUCGCGGACCUAAUCGAUCAAAAUGCGGACGAGUUAGCCACUCUGGAGGCCCUGGACGCAGGCAGACUGCUGACGUUGACAAAGUGCAUUGACAUUCCAUGCACGGCCGACUGUCUCCGGUACUACGCCGGGGCAGCCGACAAGAUCCACGGCGAGACCCUGAAGAUGCCCCAGGCCAUGCUGGGUCAUACUUGGCGCGAACCCGUCGGCGUGGCUGGGCUCAUAGUGCCCUGGAAUUUCCCGUCCUUCUUGCUGUUCGCAUGCCUGGCCCCGGCCCUCGCCGCCGGCUGCACGGUCGUGGUCAAACCAGCGGAGCAGGCUUCCUUGAAUGCUCUCUACAACGCCCACUUGGCUAAGUUGGCCGGAAUACCGGACGGCGUGCUGAAUGUGAUAACAGGGUUUGGGCCGACGGCUGGUGCUGCGAUCGCGUCUCACAUGGAUGUUGACAAAAUAAGCUUCACGGGGUCGACGGAGGUGGGGAGAUCGAUCAUGGAAGCAGCCGCCAGGAGCAACCUCAAAUCCGUCACCCUCGAGCUCGGCGGCAAGUCGCCCCUCAUAAUCUUCGACGACGCAGAUGUUGACAUGGCCGUCGACCUUGCCAGAACUGCCAUCUUCUUCAACAAGGGUGAGGCUUGUAUGGCUGGAUCAAGGGCGCUGGUGCAAGAGGCCAUAUAUGAUGAGUUUGUGAGGAAGUCCAUAGUAAAGGCAAAAGAAUGGGUGGUUGGAGACCCCUUUGAGCCUCAUGUCAACCAAGGACCCCAGAUUGAUAGGAAGCAAUUUGAAAAGGUCCUUGCAUAUAUAGAACAUGGCAAAAGAGAAGGAGCAACUUUGCUUACAGGUGGUCGAGCUUGUGGUGAAAAGGGUUUCUACAUUGAGCCCACUAUCUUUGCUGAUGUUGAGGAUGAUAUGAUGAUAGCGAAGGAUGAAAUAUUUGGCCCUGUUUUAUGCAUCAUGAAAUUCAAGAGCAUGGAGGAAGGUAUCGCGAAAGCAAACAAGAGCAGCUAUGGGUUGGCGGCAGGGGUGGUGACCAAGGACUUGAACGUGGCGAACACGGUGGCGAGGUCCAUUAAGGCUGGGAUGGUGUUGAUCAACUGCUAUCAUAUGGGUGCCUUCGACUGCCCCUUUGGUGGUUACAAGAUGAGUGGGUUCGGUCGCACCUUCGGCCUCCACGGCCUCGACAACUUCCUCCAAGUCAAGUCUGUCGUCACCCCGCUUUUCAAUUCUCCCUGGCACUAAACUCUUCCUUCCUUCCUUCUUUCCUUGUAUCUCUUCCAUCUCUGCAUGUCGAAAUUUGAUAAAACCUUGCUGUGUAAUCUUAUAAUAUUGAUCCAUGCGAAACUUGAAGUAUUUCUUUUCAAUGAAUAUU